AUGCCUGGUCGAACACUCCCAACCUUCACUCGUGCUGAGGUUGAAUCGCACAACUCAGCUAAAUCUUGCUACGUGACCAUCGGAUCUAAGGUCUACGAUUUGACCGAGUUUGCCGACGAUCACCCUGGUGGUGCCGAGCUUGUCCACGAGUAUGCCGGCAAAGAUGUUGAAGAGAUCCUCAAGGAUCCCACCUCUCACACCCAUUCCGAAGCCGCGUAUGACGUUCUAGACGAAGUCCUUGUGGGUUUUGUCAUAUCCGAGAAGACCAAUGGAUCCGCUACGAACGGCCAUGCUGGCACAAAUGGCAAGGCGGCCAGUGAGACCGUCUACGUUCACCCUCGAACCGGCAUGUCCUGCGCGGAGGAUUUGAGCAAGGACACCAACUUUGGUGAUGACUAUAAAAAGCACAAGUUUCUUGAUUUGAACCGACCACUGUUGCCUCAGAUGUGGUUCGGUGGCUUCAGUAAGGAAUUCUACCUAGAUCAGGUUCAUCGUCCACGCCACUAUAAGGGCGGAAAGUCUGCCCCUCUAUUUGGCAAUUUUCUUGAGCCUCUGUCCUUGACACCCUGGUGGGUUAUCCCUAUCCUUUGGCUACCAAACGUUGCCUAUGGUACCUUCAUUGCCAGUCACGGACUGGAACCUCUCACGUUGGCCGUUUGUUGGGCUUCUGGCGUUUUCCUUUGGACUUUGAUCGAAUACCUCAUGCACCGAUUCCUCUUCCACCUUGACUACUACCUGCCAGAUAAUCGAGCUGCGCUAACCUUGCACUUUCUUCUCCAUGGCGUUCACCACUAUCUCCCCAUGGACAAGUAUCGGCUGGUCAUGCCCCCGACCUUGUUUGUAGUGCUUGCGAUACCAUUCUGGAAAUUGGCCCAUACCCUCUUCUUUUUCAACUGGUAUGUGGGCACCGCAGUAUACUGCGGCGGUGUCUUCGGUUAUAUUUGCUACGACAUGACGCACUACUUUCUUCAUCACCAGAACCUACCUCUCUGGUAUAAGGAGCUCAAGAAGUACCAUCUUCAGCACCACUACUUCGAAUACGAUCUUGGCUUCGGCGUCACUAGCAGGUUCUGGGAUGAUAUCUUUGGCACCACAUUGAGCGCUGAGCCUAAGACCAAAUAA